UUUCAGCAAAAAACAAGAACUUUUCUAAAGCAAUGUUUUGUCCAUUUAUGGAAUAAUUAUGAUAUUCAAACAAGAAUGAAACAUGCAAUACUGACGAUAUAUAAAUUCUUCAACACUAGAAACUCUUUAAUAGAUUUGUCAUAUUGAAAUCGUUGCAAAAUGGGCUUUGACAGUAGUGAAAUUCUCCACUUCCUUUUUGGAAGUUUUGUCUGCAGGCUGAUUUUUACUGUUUAUGGAAUUUACCAAGAUUCUACAAUGCUAGUGAAAUAUACAGAUGUAGACUAUUAUGUUUUCAAUGACGCUGCUCAUUUUGUAUCAAAGGGACUGUCACCUUACAUUAGGAGAACAUACAGAUAUACACCACUACUAGCAUUCAUUCUUGCACCCAAUGUCCACAUUCAUGAAAUAUUUGGAAAACUUUUGUUUGUGACAUGUGACAUCCUAACAGGAUAUUUGAUCUACAAAAUUGUGCGAUUAAGAAAUUCGCCAACUCACGUUGCCAUAUUCUGUGCGUGUCUGUGGCUGUUUAAUCCAUUGCCUAUAACAGUAUCCACACGAGGUAAUGCAGAGUCGAUUAUGACGUUCCUGGUGUUGUUGACGCUGUAUCUUAUACAAACAGGGCAGAAUACACAUAGAUGGAUGGCAGGUUUUACCUACGCAUUAUCAGUCCAUGUGAAGAUAUAUCCAGUAACAUAUGCAUUGCCGAUAUUCUUGUAUCUCAGUAGGAAAGAAGACUGUCUUGAAUUGAUGCAGAAACCAACAAUAAGGACAUUUUUUAAAUUGAUUUGGCACAGAGAGAAGAUGGAAUUCAUCAUGAUUGCCAAAUUGACAUUCUUCAUCCUAACAGCUUUGUUUUAUAUGAUGUAUGGAUACAAGUUCCUACAUGAGACAUAUUUGUAUCACUUGACAAGACGCGACAUUCGCCACAAUUUCUCCGUUUAUUUCUAUAUGCUUUACCUCACGGAAGGUUCUGCAUAUUCAUUGGUGCUAGGCCUUGUAGUAUUCCUUCCUCAGGUGGCGCUCCUACUUGUGUUGUCAUGGAGAUACUAUGACGAUUUACCAUUCUGUUGUUUUCUCAACACAUUUGUGUUUGUGACUCUGAACAAAGUGUGUACAUCUCAGUAUUUCCUGUGGUAUUUAUGCCUGCUGCCUGUCAUCAUUCCAAAUUUGAACAUUUCUCGGAGAAAAGCCAUUGUCAUGGUUACUGCAUGGUUCCUUGGUCAGGGCUUGUGGCUUACUCCUGCAUACUUCCUUGAGUUUCAAGGUCAGUCAACAUUCCUCUACAUCUGGAUAGCUGGACUGGCGUUCUUCCUUAUCAAUAUAUGGAUCCUAGGAGUUAUUAUUCAGAACUACACAAACAGGACAGAUCACCUUCAAAAUAUUGCUAAAUAUCUCAAUUUAAAGAAUCUCAAAUUCUGGAAAAGACUCUUAUAAUGCUUGGGAAAUGAGUAUUUAUGUAUUGCUGGUUCAGUAAAACCUACCGGUAUGUACUAUAUAGUUUUAUAACAUACAAGUUUUUAUCUUAUUGAAUAAAUAUACCUUUAAAU